CAGCGUGAUGAUGAUCCUCGUGUUAGGUUGUAAUUUAUUUCUUCCUUUUCGUAAAUUUUUAUGUUUUUCUUCAUGUUAUUGUUUAUAAUUAAUAUUUUCUAGUUUUUUUUACGUUUGUUUAAUGAUUAAGUAAAGGAAAAAUUACUCGUAAUAGAGAAAUGUGUUAGUUUUUCAGUAAAAACGUGUGUGAAUUCGUUUGCCGGUUACGAAGUGUUUUUUUUUUUUGCUAUUCUCAAUCUAAGUUUAUUAUCUGAGGAUUCUUGUUUUUAUUUAUAUUUACUAUGUGUGACAAAGUGGAACAAUCUAAAUAUGAAGUGAUACAAAGAAACAUUUUUUUGAAAUGUAUUUCAACUCGAUCGUCUCGAGUUUCUUCAUCCUCUUCAAGUUCCGCGUUAGAUGAAGAGGUGUCAAUAUCAUCUGUAAUUGAAUAUUUGUACAAAAGUUUUAGUGAUAAAUUUCAUAAAGAAUUUUUUGAUGAUCUUCGUAAAUCUCUUAUAAAAGUUGCACCAAACGGCUUUGUUAAUUGGCCAUUAUUUAAAGAAGGUUCACGCCUUUGGAUUUCUAGUCUUCAAGCCUGUAAAAAGCAGGAUGGAAAUAAUAACAUUCAAAAUCACGAAAAUAAAGAAAAUAUGUAUCGUUACGUAUCCGAGUGGCACAGUGAUGAAUUAACGAGAGAUUCAAGUUCAUCUGGUGAAGAAUCAAAAAAUAGUGAAAAUAAUCAAAAGGAUAGCAAUCAAGUUUGUCAAUCUUCAUUACCCUUUAUCAAUGUUGUCAAUGUCUCGAGUUAUAGUCCAGACAGCAAUAGUACUAGAGGUUUAACAGAUAGAAGCGCAGAUUCAGAAAUUGAAAUGGGAUAUGAUGUUAAUGCAGCAAUUGAUUUGCGACUUCGAAUACGAAAAUUUGAUGAGGAAAAUGCAUCUCUUAGAGAAGAAAUUCUUCGCAUUGAGGAUGUUAAUAUUAAUCUUCACAAACAAAUAAAUUCCCUUAAUCGCAAAUUAGAAUCACUGACAGUUAAAAACAAAAAUUUACAAAAGGAAAUCGAUGAGCAAAAAGAUCUUCUCAGCGAAGCUGAGGAACGAGAAAAAUCUAGCAAGCUAGAAUUGCAAAAGACUCUUAAAGAAAAUGCAAUUUUGAAAACUAAACUAGAAUCCGUUCAAAAGCACAAUGAAAGCAUAAAUGCCUUAAAAAAUGAAGUGUCACAUAUUCUUCAGGAGAAGAAAAUAUUUAAAAAACAAUAUGAUGAAUGUGAAAAAGCAUACAACGAUAAAUGCAUCGAAUGUAGCGGAUUAAAAGACACAAUCGUCGAAUUAGAAGAUUCACACAUCAAUUGUCGAGAGAAUUAUGAAAGUUCAAUUCAAUAUCUCACAGAAAAGAAUCAAGAAUUAGUUAAUCAGAAUCUAGAGCUACAAAUGAAAAGUAAUAAUAGUGGAUCGUCACGGUUAUCAAUGACCCCACCGAUCGGUUACGUCAAUUCAUUGAUGCACAGUACUCCUUAUACAGUUACAAAAAUUUCUCCACGAAGAUCAUUAUACGCCGAACUUAAAGCUUCCGGUUUUUCGCCAGAACGUGCAAAAAACGAUUCAAAGAUCGCCGAACUGGAGGAAGAAUUAAAUUUGUGCAACGAGGAAUUAAACACUUUUUCUGAACAGAUUGAAAACUUUAUUCAAAGUUUAUCGCUAGAAGAUCAAAAGCCUUACGUUCCUACGUUAAAUUUGGAAAAUGAAAACUUCAAUGUUUCUAAGUUAUCGAUUCUUAAACAGGAAAUCGCCAUCUUAAUGAAUUUGGUAAAAGAACGUGUCAAUAGGAAAAAUGAAAAAAGAGAUUUUUGCCUACAAGUUACAAUCGAGGAUCCCAAAGUUCAUCGACAAUUUUCCGGCUCUAUUGAGAACGAAUCAUUGGCUUUGUCAGAAUCAUCGAUGACUUCGCUCUCGGCGAAUCGAGAAUCUGAAAAAGGCAGUUCAUCAGGAGCAGAAAUUUCGAAUGUUCAGGGAAAAUCCUCUCAAGUUCAAAUCGACGAGAACUCCAUUAUAAAACCAAUUGUAGAAGCCCUAGAUCAAAUUAUUCAAGAUUCGAUUGAUGACGUAUCAAAUCGUCAAGAAGAGCUCUUUACGAAAAAUCACAAACGCAGAUGCAUUUACACAAAUACAAGACCACCGACUCCAAAUCCCGAGUUAAUAAUUCCUGGCGAAUCUCUAGAAAAUGAUGAAUCUCAUCAUUUAAUGUCAAAGGGAGAUGCGCCAGAUAUUAAUUUAAUGAAAAAUUCUAAUUCAAUUGCACAAGUCACAAUGCAAUCGUCAAUAGAUUCAAAUGAGGCAAUAAAUCGUAACAAAAUAGACGAAGCUUAUUCUAUAACACCAACAUUAAAUAUAAAAUCAAUUCCAAAACGAAAACUCUCCGUUUUUCAGAGGCCAUUCGAUAUUGAAUCACUCAAGGCAAAUAAUAAUGAUGAUAAAAUGGAUAAUAAACGUUCAAUUAGUCUUUCAGCACAAAAUAAAGAAAAUAAAGAAAUAUUGACUAAUUUUGAAAAAAAUACAUAUCGAACAAUUGUUAAUAAUUCCGAAUCAUCCGAUAGUGCAUCGCCUGAUAAAAUUCUUUGUCAAGAUGAUGAUGAUGAUGAUGAUGAUAUUUCAGAGCCAAAAACAGAUAGACCAAAAAUUGAAAAUGCUAUUAUUAUUGCUCCUUCAAAAUUGAUUUUUCCACAAAAAAUAUUUUUUGAAAAUCAAACGAAAUUGAAAAUUAGCGAAAAUAACACUGAAAUUUGCACAGAAAAUAUGGAAAAUGAAGAAUUUAGAGAAGAGAGAAAAAAUAUUACAAAAGAAGAAAUUAUGGAAAGUGAGAAAUUAACAGAGGAAAAUUCGAAAUUAAAUGGUAAUCUUAGUUACAGUAAAGUUACCGUACGACGAUUUCCAAUGCCAGAAGCUUCUCCGUUUUUUCAUUUUUCGAGCAAUGAAAAAACAGAGAUUAACGAAAAUUUUGGUGUUUCGCCUUCAAUGACCGAAGUGUGUAGCGCUAUUAGCAAUAAUAGUGGCGGCGUUGAAUCGGGAAAUGAGAUUGUGAACAAAUUCACAUCGUCAGUAGUAACCGCGAUGUCAAGCGCAGAGGAUAGUUCCGACAGUGAGUGCGAUCGAAUUAAUUCGAAAGGUGAUCGACAAGUCGCUGUCAGUGAUCCUGUUGACAUUGCUAAUUACAAUACACCCUCGAAGGAUUCAAAACAAGAAAAUGAAGAAGAAAAUCGAGAGAAAGUCUGGACGCACAAACGAUCAUUGUCUGAUAGUAAAAACAACAGAAAUCAUAUCAGUGAAUGUCAUUGUCACUCUAAAGAUAUAAUAUUAUCAUCUCCACUUCAGUCUCUCGAUAAAGAGCAAAUUUAUCCGAGAGCUUUCCCAAGCUUUACAGAUGAUCAUCUUGAAAAAUCAGGCAUUGCCAACUACACAGAUCUUCAGUCUGAAUUCAGUGAGAAUUUGUCGGAAGAUGAACUUGAGAAGAAGUACACGACUUUCUCGGUGGGUCUCAGGACGGACAGGAUGACACUUUCCCGAAGGUUGACACUUUCACAGAGGCAGAGGGAUCAAUCGGAGCGGAACCUGACAGUGGAAGUGGAGAAAAUGAAUCAGGACAUACAGGAUCUCGCACCACUCUGCACCGACAGGGAGUCCCUUGAAAGAGUUGAGAGGGUCCGAUUGCAGCUCGAAAUGAUCAAUCAAUGCGCUCAUAGGGUGUCCUGCGUUGCUGAAACACUCGGUGCCGUUCAUCAGGAACGUCGAAUUUCACGAGCGGCAUUACUCGCCGAUCGUUAUCUUCAACUUCUCAAAACUAGAUGCGAAAAACUUUCCACUGAGAUCAACGAGACCAAACGAAUACUGAUGGAGAACAACAUUGUCAUCGAAGAACAUCCCAGUGAGUUGGGCGAUGAUAUUCCUCGAAUUCGGUAUCGCGCUGUGCCUACCAAUAAUCGUACGAUGAUGGCUAGAAGGAGAGCUAGCAUUGCAGCGAUAUCGAGACCUUUGGGAAGUCAACAAGACCUAAAGGAAGGAACCCGACAGAGAAAUUCCGUUUCUGGUCGCGUUACUUUAAGAAGGCCAUCACUGAAUUAUGAAACUCAAAAAUGGGAAAAUGAAAAACUUGUUCGAACAGACAGUUCGAGCAGUAUUGGUGAAUUACGUGAAAUAUUUGAGCAAGCCGAAUCGAGGCGGAAUUCCAGAGAAGAAAAUAAUAAUAAUAUUAUUCGAAAUACAACGAAUUAUUUAAUUUCAACGAGUUAUGAGAGUGCAGAGAGUGAAAUUUGGUCGCAUCCAGAGGAAGAUAUUCCCCAGGAGUCACCAUACAUUGAAAGUUUGUCCCUUCAACAUAUUCAACAAAGAAUAAACAUUUCUUUCAGGCAAAAUAAUAUUUCGAGGUUCAGAACAACAAUAAAGGAAUUAGUAUUUCAUCCAAUCUUUUGGAUUUGGAUAUCUUUUUUUUUAGGUAUUUAUGUGAAUCAUGUGUUUUCUUCAAAAUUAUGUGUGGGGACUCCUUUUAAAUGGUGGUCAAUUGAAGAAAUGCUUGAAUCAUAUAUUCAAGUAAAAAGUACAGGACAGCGACCAAUUUAAAAAGAAAAGAAUAUACGAAAUUGAAUAAUUUUUUUGUAUUUAUAUAUAUAUAUAUUUUUUAUUUAAGAGAAAUCAGAUGAUAGAAAUUAAUUUUAAUUUAUAUCAAGUUGUUCUAUUUAUCGUAUUUCUUGUCUCAAGAGAAAUGUGUGUGUGUGUGUUGUUCUUCGAUUUUUAAUAAAUCAAGUUCUACUGCAUAUUUUUCUUUUAUAGAG